AGGCGCAGACAGAAACCAAACAAAUUCACAGAGCUGUGGCUGCGUCUGCUUAACGUCCCUCACAUUGCUGUCAUCAUCGCAGCAGUCAUGUUUGUGGUUGUGGUCAUCAUUUGGUCUCUGCUCUGGGUCUUUAUGUUUCGCAGAGAAAGCAACAGUGGAGCAUAUUUCGCCGGCAUGUUUCGUGUUGCCAAUGUGGAGUUCAUCCCAGAGUACCGACAGGUUGAGUCCCAUGAGUUUGCAUCCAUGGCAAAUAAAAUACAACACGUGGUGAGUUAUGUUUACAAGCAGUCCUCCGUGUCCAGACUCUACAAGCAGGCUGUAAUUUCAGACCUCAGUAACAACAACAAGGGUGGUGUCCUGGUGCACUUCUGGAUGGUGUUUGUUGUUCCUCGUUUGAAGACGCCGGCCGUUUGUGAAGAGUGUGUCGGGGCCAUUUUCAGGGACUCGGUUUACACCAGUCUGCAGAACCGCUCCUCCGUGGGCUAUCUGCUCAGCCUGCCAGUGGAUCUGGACUCCAUCCUCAUCAACGCAGUCCAACGGUCUGAUUAUACAUCCAUUGCAGCAGGUUCACAGUGUAUUGAGAAACUAUAUGCCAACCUUCCCGGAAUGAGGAUUCCUCUAAAUGUGUUCUCAUCAUGGGGUGGUGUCAGUUGCCAUGUAAAGCUGACCGCUGCUCCUGGGUUUCUGAUCCGACUGACAGUCAGCUCUUUCCUUGUUCAGCCAACAGACUGUGUGGAUGAUGGCCUGGUGGUGUAUGACGCUCUGCUGCCCAUGAGGGGGCGCAUUCUGCUGCGGUUGUGUGAGCCAGUGACCGAGGCUUUCUCCCUGGUGUCUACCUCCAAUGUGAUGUUGUUAUCGUUCACUAUGACAAGUGGGAACAAGAACUUCAGGGGGGACUUUGAGGCCAUCAUUGAGGAAUUAUGUCUGUCUCGCAUUGAGAUCAAGUCACAUCCUGACUUUACUGGUGAUCUCUACAGCCCCUUCUACCCCAGUCUACUGCCCCCACAGUGCUCCUGCACCUGGACAUUUCAGACCUACAGUUCAGCUUUGGGAGUGGCUCUACAUUUCAAAAACUAUGUUUUAAAAUUGAAAGACAUGAAGGCUUGUGACCAAGGCUGGUGGAAAAUCAAUGAAGUGAUUUACUGUGGGACCUAUGUAGACCACAGCACAGUGUUUCGGAUCAGUAACCCAAGUCCAGAGGUCGAGUUUCGCUGUAGCUCUCGUACCUCAGUUCAGGCUUUUGAGGCGUCUUACACCAGUUACAAUAUCAGCCAGCCCUGUCCAGAGAGCCACUUCCUGUGCACCACCGGUCUGUGUGUGGACAAAGUCAGACGGUGUGAUGGCCUGGACGACUGCCAGGAUGAGAGCGAUGAAAUCUUCUGUUCAAGACCAUCAACUAACUGUGCAGGCAGCGGUUCUCUUCACCCUCUGUUUGUGUGUAAUGGAGAGAGAGACUGUUCUAAUGGAGUAGAUGAGAUCAACUGCACUCAAGAAACUACCUGCUCAGGCAUAAGCUUCCAGUGCAGCAGUGGGCCCUGUAUCCUGAAGAAAAAUGCUAAAUGUGAUGGUGUUUUUGACUGUAGGGACCAAAGUGAUGAGAGGGACUGUGAAUGUGGCGACCCCUCUCCGGUAAAGAAAGAAGCCUCAUCUUCAUCUGAACGCAUUGUGGGUGGGGUCAACUCGGUGGAAGGGGAGUGGCCGUGGCAGGUCAGCCUGCUCUUCUCUGGGAGCAUGUACUGUGGGGCCUCAGUGCUCUCUUCUGAUUGGCUCGUGUCAGCUGCUCACUGCUUCAGCAAAGACAGGUUGUCGGACCCACGUCUCUGGAGAGCUCACCUGGGCAUGCUGAACCAAGGCAAUGCCAAGCAUGAGGCGGAGAUCCAAAGAAUUGUAGUUCACAAGUAUUACAACGCAUUUACCUUUGAUUAUGACAUUGCACUGCUGCAGCUGAAGAAACCCUGGCCACCCACCCUCAGUGCCCUGAUCAAGCCUGUGUGCCUGCCCCCUCCAUCCCACACUGUUACAGACAGCCACCUUUGCUGGGUCACCGGGUGGGGCUACCGCUCAGAGGGGGACAAAGUGCUGCCCACAGUACUACUGAAAGCACAGGUGUUUAUCCAAAGCCAGACAGAUUGUAAGAAAAGCUACAGUCUGGCCUCUCCUCGGAUGCUGUGUGCAGGAGUGCCCUCUGGAGAGCAGGACGCCUGCCGGGGUGACUCUGGGGGUCCUCUUUCGUGCCAGGAACCUGGUGGUGGUCGCUGGUUCCUCAUUGGCAUUGUGAGCUGGGGGCUGGGCUGCGGCCGACCCAAUCUGCCUGGAGUCUACACCCGGGUCAGCAAGUUCACCUCCUGGAUUUACAGCCAUAUCAGCUGACACUACCAGACUAUGCAUUACCAAUAUAAGACCUAGUCCCUGCUUGGACCAAAUAA